GCUUGAAGGAGCACUCACCUUUCACGCAGCAGUUCGAAAAAGAGCGCGGUCGUGAUGGACGUCAGCGAGCGGUUGGUGGCGCGGCGCGCGCACCUCGCCCCAUUCUGCCGCGUAGACCCCGUGAAGCAGCAUUUGCGCCUGCAGAGUUAUUAUCAGUUGGCGCGCCAGCUUUACCGCCAGUCCGAGACGUACUUCGCCGAAGGAGCUUGGGAUAACGCUAUUGUGUAUGCUUUUGCUGUUGCCUUUGCAUUGCAGCUACGUGUUCCUGGCCAAGUUUAUCAAGUAAGAUGCAUGUGAAGUUCUCGGAACUGGUGGAAGACUCACAAAGUAGCUUUUCUAUUUUUUUUUGCUCCUUUGUUGUGUUCUACAGACUUUGCUCGAAGGUGAUCACUGCCCACCACGACUAUGAACUGCCUCGGUACCGUAAGGAGCGCGAGUGGGUGCGGGCGGUAUGUUGGCAUCUCAGUAGCAGACUGGAUUUUUGAGCAUUGUGGAGGUAUCUUAUGAGGGUGUAUAUAACUCUGCAUGCAGCAAGCUGCAGAAGGAUUCAAGCUCUUCGACGCAAUUUUGGAUGGCAUGGAAGCGGAAGAGCUCGAGUAUUUGGAGUAUGAACGAUCGCUAAAUCAGGAAAAACAGCAACAAAGCACGGCGCUUGCGACCGAACAAGCGAACAUGUCUGCGUUGGAAGCGCGAUUGCAGGCAAUGCGAUUGGCCAAGAAAAAUGCAGAGCAGCCAAAGGAACAGGCAGCGGGGGCUGCGAAUAAGGAAGACAUGCGCACACUUAAUCAACCCGCGGAGGUUCGACCCCGACUCAAUCUCGCUUUGAAGCCGCGUCAAAAGGAACGGAGCAACACAGUGUCGUACCCUACAGUGGGUAAAGCAUCUUGGAUGACAGCUGAUGCUACUCAGCCCUCUCACACGCACUAUUCUGCGCCGCCUCUCAGUCGUCAGCGAUCACAAGAAGCAAUUGCCAAUUUGACAAGUGGAAAGAUCCGUACGCUUGAGAUUCCUUCAGGUAUCAUUGCUCAGUUUACAUUACUGGCUUCGCCAAACACGAACCGACCACCUUACGGGAUCGAAACUUGUGGCAUAUUAGCGGGAAUAUUGUACGAUCGGAAGCUGAUUAUCACAACUCUUAUCAUCCCGAAGCAAGAGGGGUCGUCUGAUAUGUGCACUAUGACAAACGAAGAGGAGCUCUACGAUUUUUGCUUCAGCAAUGAGCUGCUGACACUCGGCUGGAUUCAUGUGAGACUCCUCGUGCAUAAUAGGAGACUGAACUCUUGUACGUUGAUAUUAACGUUGGUACUUGACUGCAUGCAGACACAUCCAAAGCAAGAUUGUUUCCUGUCAUCUGUCGAUGUUCACACCCAGUGUGGAUUUCAAUCAAUUUUACCAGAGGUACAUGCAUGCCGUUCUCCCUGCUCGUUCUUCAUCUCAUGGAAUGCCCAUGCUCCCUCAAUUUGUAUUAAACUGCCCAGGCUGUCGCUAUCGUUGUUGCCCCCAGUGACCCACGCAAAAAUGUUGGGGUGUUUCGGCUGACAGAGCCAAGCGGAUUGCAGCUGAUUCAAAACUGCAACUUGACGGGUUUCCACACCCACCCGAGCCAUGUUGAAAUCUACUCGGACGCGUUUGAGUGUAAGUGGAUGGAGCAGGUCACGACCCAAUUGAUUGAUAUGCGGUAAAGCAAGGUGGCCGAGCUAGCGCGAUAGAAAUUUGCUGUGGAUCCAUGCCAUACAACCAAAAAAGUGAAAAGAUGUCAAGGAGACUAAAAAAUGGCAACAACAAUGAAGUACCAGUGAAUGAAGUGGCUUAUUGGUGCGUCUUUACUGUACCAGCACGAUCACUAUGCAUCUCGACUGCUCCAGCUGGAUCGCUCAGGCCAUUUCAGGCAGAUGAUGAUCUUCAACUGCUGAAGUUGAGGCAAUAGCGAAUUUAGAUAUCGUCCGAGUUAUCCAGGUUCAGCAGAACCUUCUCCAUGCCCGGCUUAAACGCAGGCUUGCCUAGGAACGGGCAGCUACCGCAUCGGAAGGCAUCGCCCUUGAAGCACUACAAGAUGGAUUCAACAAAAAUACCGGCGUUAGUCUAGAACUUAUGAACAAUAAUAAAUACGCAGUGAGGAAUAUUA